CAUCCAGUGUCACCCCAUGCGAGUCCUCGGCGCUCGGCAGGAUCAGCCUCUGAGGGCGCCAGGAAGAGUAGCGCACACCGCCCUCCCUGUCCCGAGAGUCCCAGCGGACUUUAGAUCUUUUGGCCUCCGUGCCCGGAAGUGAAUUUGCUAAGUCACUCACUGUGUUGGCGCAGCUGGUGACCUCGAGUGAAUGACACUUCAGUGUUUAUUGAGCCCGUGUUGCGGGAGACUGAGGAAUGCCGAGGCAUACGCACGCACGCACCACCCGUGUCCGUGGCAGGAGUCCACGUGGUGGGGAGGAGGAGACAGAGUUCAGAAGGGGGGGCUCUGGCAGAGUUGGCCCUGCCCGAGGACCUCCUGGAAGGACCCGGUUGAACUGGUUCCGGAGCUGGGCUCAUGGGAGGAGGGAAGCAGGUUCUGGAAGAUACAUGCAGGCGGCAGGACUUCAACCCCAGUGAAUAUGAUCUAAAAUUUCAGAGGACCGUGCUUGACCUUUCUCUCCAGUGGAGAUUUGCCAACCUGCCCAACAAUGCCAAGCUGGAGAUGGUGCCUGCAUCCCGGAGCCGCCAGGGGCCAGAAAACAGGGUUCGAAUCGCUUUGCAGCUGGAUGAUGGCUCCCGGUUGCAGGAUACUUUCUGUUCCGGCCAGACCCUCUGGGAGCUUCUUAGCCAUUUUGCACAGACCAGGGAAUGUCUGCAGCAGCCAGGCGAGGCGACCCCUGUCUGCGUGUACAUGAGGGAUGAAGUCACUGGAGGAGCUGCCCUUCAGAGCACUACACUGCAGUCACUGGGCCUCACCGGGGGUGGUGCCACCAUCAGGUUUGUCAUGAAGCCAUGUGAUUCCAUGAACAAGCAGGACCCUGUAACCAGCAGGAGCAAGAUCCCGGGAAGCCCAACCUGCUCUGUGUCGGCUGACCAGGCAUCUGCCGGCCCUUUGCUCCCCUUGAGCUCUGGAGAGCUCAGCAGGGGCGAUCUGAGCCACCAGGGUGACACAGGCACCACCACGGGGACAUGCCUCGGGGGUAGCCCAAAGCCAGUGGAUGCUCAGGCGAAGCGCAGUGCCAAGGAGUCUGCACCUGCCCCUUUUGUUCCUUUCUCUGGUGGGGGACAGCGGCUGGGGGGCCCUUCCGGGUCCUCAAAGCCUCCGAUGUCACCUUCAGCCAAGUCACCUGAAUUCUUAUCCAGCCCUGGAGGCCCCUCCAAGCCCAAGAAGUCGAAGCCUGGUGAGGAGCCCCAGCAGGAUCCAGAGCCGUCCAUGGACCGAGACCCUGUGGUGUGCCACCCUGACUUGGAGGACCUGCUGCAGGCGUGGCCAGCGGAGCUGCCUGAUGAGUUCUUUGAGGUGACUGUGGACGAUGUGAGGAGACGCCUGGCCCAGCUCAAGAGUGAGCGGAAGCGUCUGGAAGAAGCCCCUUUAGUGACCAAAGCCUUCAGGGAGGCUCAGAUGAAGGAGAAAUUGGAGCGCUACCCAAAGGCGGCACUGAGGAUCCUGUUCCCUGAUCGAUACAUCCUGCAGGGCUUUUUCCGUCCCAGUGAGACAGUUGGAGAUCUUCGAGAGUUUGUACGGAGCCACCUGGGGAAUCCUGAGCUCUCCUUUCACCUGUUCAUCGCUCCUCCCAAAACCAUCCUGGAUGAUCACACGCUGACCCUCUUUCAGCCCAGUGGUGAUGGCCUGCCUGGGAUUCGCAAAAUAACUUGGUUCUGGAAGCCAGCACCCUGCCUCAUGUGGGGAGCCUGCAUUCCCAGGGCACUGCUAUCUCCCAGUGGGUCUGGGCAAACCUCUUCCCUGCUGCCCUCGUGCACUUUGGAGCUGAGGAACCAACAGGCACCUGCCCAGCCACACUACCCUCCCAGAGCUGAGCAUGUGUGUGGAAGGUGGGGGACUCAUUUGAGGAUGGGCUUUUUGUCCUCUGAAGCUCUCUACCUGGAGCCAGGGCUGCUGGAACACACCGUCUCCCCAUCUGCAGCUGAUGUGCUGGUAGCUAGGUACAUGUCCAGGACUGUCAUGUCUCCACCCUCGCCAGCAGCCCCUGACCCCAUACCCCUGGAGUCUGAGCCAACUCCUGAGGAGGGAGCACCAGGGCCCUCAGAGCCCAUCCCAGGGACAGCCCAGCCUGUGAGGAGGAGCCUGGGCAAGGUGCCCAAGUGGCUGAAGCUGCCAGCCAGCAAGAGGUGAGAACUGCCAGCCCAGAGGUGCCCAUCACUGGCCACAGGACCCCACCCCCCCACUCACCCCGAGCAGGAAUAAAGACACGCGCUUCUCUCAAGGCCCGCUCAUUGUCCUUUCUGCAAAAAAGGCUAUGGGUCUCAGUCCAGCUCACUCUCUUGUGCUUCUACCAGCUGGCCCCCAGGGGCCUGGCUGGAUUGUGGUGUGCUCCCAUCUACAAGGGCUCAGAGAUCCCUCCUGAAAGGCCUGGGCAGGACAGAGCCCAGGGGUUCACUGGCUUCCUUGUCUAAUCUCUUGACUCAUUCUCCUAUGAGGACAGAGGUGCAAGUUAUCUGCAACCCAGGACCAUGCCAAGCCUUAGGCACAGUUCUGAGGGAGGAGGAAGACCACCCCUACUGCAGAGCUGCCUUGGGCAGGACCUGGCCUGGAGUCUCAGGUGACUUCUUCCUAUGCUCCCAGCCUAGUUGUGAAGCCAGUUGCAACACUUUAGUUGGCUGGAGCCAGCCCCUCUCUGCAGGAAGUCGCCUGACUUCCACUUGCACCCCAGGGGUUAGAUGCUGCAAACCCACCAGCAGGGGGCA